GUUCAAGAUGGCAGAUGCCAUAUGGGUUUCUUCUCUAUUCUGUCUAGCUUUUGUUUCCCGGCUUUUCCUAAUCUAUAGCCCCGUUAAAGAUUGGUUUACUAACCGAAUAGAGUUAUCUACACCACUAACUGCCUGGAACAGAGGUAUGUUCGGUUCCUAAAAGAAACCUGUGUUUCAUUUCAGCGUUUAAUAUGGAACUGUGAUGUGACGAUCGAUAAUUAAUACGAAAGUUUAUUUAAAUUAAAAACUUUAUUGUUUAUUUAUCUUUUUUAACAUCUCAAUAAAUUCUUUAUUUUUUCAGUUCAAGAAGGCCUUUCUCUGAUAAACCAUGGGGUUUCACCUUAUUCCGGGGAUGUUGUGCAUGAGGUAAAAUUUUCAAAUAUUGAAUUAUCAUUAUUGUAACCAAAUUUGAGGUGUGUAGGGUUAGGGUUAGGCUAGUGUGCAGGGGCUCUAGAUCUUUUUGCUAAAUAUGCUCAAUGUAAGAUCUGGAAAGAUUUCCAUAUAACCCCAUACGAAGCUAUAGUACGGAGGCGAAUCUUGCCACAAGAUUUUGGCAGAGACGUAUGUUUUAGAACAGCUGGCUUCAUUAUUAGGUUGCAUGAAAAUUCAAUGGGUAGUCAUAUUGUUUGCCUUCUGUCUGCAGAGAAAGGUAGCACUUAGUGAGGUGCAUUGCUUACAGAACGGACUUAAACCAAAGUGAACGGAACAAUCAGCAGGAAAAAACUUUUACUUGCACCUUCCAUACUCUCCAGGCUGUGUGUAGCUUUUCUUUCCUUCAAAAGAAUGAAAUUCAGAUCCACCAAUAAUGGCCCCAAACAGUAAACUUAGUUAACUGACUAAUUACAGAAGAUGAUUGUUUUUUCAUGAAGACGCCUCUAGUGUUGGCAAUAUUCCUUGGAUUGCAGCAGAUAUCAGAGGUCCUAUUUCCUCUUCUGUUUGUGGUAUGUAUUUGAAGUGUUUAUGAAACUCAAAUCCUUAACUUCCCAAAAUCCAGAUGGUAUGUCUCCUUUAAUACACUCCUUGUGCAUGAGACAAAAUGGUUUUGUAUAUCUGUAGAUAAUACCCAGAGGCUCAUAAGACUCUCUUUCCCCAUUAACUGUUUGUAGGAUAGUGUAUUGGGAGGUAAAGGGUUAAUCUUGGUAAUCAUUAGGUCUGAACACCUCCCACAAGCUCAUUUAUAUUUAAGAUCUCAUUAGUAAUUCUCCUAAUUGUCUGCUAUACAAUCGUAUGAUGUUAGUAUGGAUAAUUUGAUAUUGGAUCUACCAGUACUAAUAAUCCCAUCAUUUAUAUAUUUAUAUAUUCUCAUUACCUGUUAGCUUGAUACUGAUUUGUAAGGAGAAAUUCUGUGUUGGUCAUUCAUGAGAGUUGAAUGUUAAUGGUAUUUAUGGAAGUUGAAAUUCAUUCUUUAUUUGAGAAUUUCCGUUUACAUAUGGUGUAUAACUUUUUUCAGGUGGGUGAUCUGCUGGUUGGAUGGCUCCUUUACAAACUUGCUAGUCUUCACUGCCAAAUGCUGGUAUUGUGACACAAAUAUAGCCUAUUUGUAGUUGAAUACAUGUUGUAGUUUGAAAUAAAGUGUAGUUCAAAAUGAUUUUAAAAAAUUUGACCAUUUUUUUUCUUUUAUUUCAGUUAUGUUACCAUACCCUUAAAGAAAUAUAUGUUAUUCACCAGACAGGAGGUCCAUAUUGGGAAAAACUGUGCCCAAGGUCUUGGAUACCGCAAGACAGAGGGCACAGUUUUUCCCAAUAUAGACUGACCUUGGCUGGUGAAUAAUAUUUUUAUUUUUUUCUAAAACCUAAUAAAUGGUUGCGAAAAGAAACGCCCACUGUGAGCAGGCUGGAUGGGGAGAAUACUGCCGACUCUUGGAACCAAUCAGAUUGCAGGAUUUCUAGAAUACCACCCACUCACGAACUGAGAAAAGAAUAAAGGAAAAUACUUGUCAAACUUGUUUAAAAUCAUAAAAGCACAUAUAAUGACAAUAUAUGAUUAAAUUAUAACUUUAAAAAUUAACUACAAACUUAGCCCACAUGUAAUGGCAGGACAUAAGUCAAACCCAGGUCACAGCCAUGGUAUCAAGUACUCUUCCUACUACAUGUUUUUUUCUCCUUUGAUACUUGAAACAGACAGAUGUUGCUGAUGAGUUAAUAUUGAAGGACUGUAGGUUUUACAGUUGAUUUAAGUUGAAUUAUUGAGGUGAUAUCUGAAGUAUCAGUUGGUGAAACCCUUUUGAAUACUAAUUUAGAGCUUUGAUCAAGUUGGUUUUUGGUCUCCAUGUUUAAUUUUGGUUUUUGUAUUGUUUUCUGUAUUUAGCUUAAAGAGCAAGCAUUGAAUCUUAAAUCUUAUGCAAAAUCUGUGGAACCAAUUCUACUCAAAGAGGAAGCUCUACACAAUGUGCCUUUACUAGUUUCAUCCAUGUGAGUUUUGUCUCUUUUUUGUUUGAUAGAUCUAGCAAACUAGAAGCCGUUUCUGUUUGAUCAGAUUCUCAUGUGCUGUAUUUAGAGACUUUCUCAUGUCAGCUUUGCUAUUCUUCCUUUCUUGCAGAUAUUUGUUGAAUCCAUAUAGUAUAGGUUCCUGUGUGGCACAUUCAACUGUAGUGUUCACUAACUUGGCAGUUGGCACAGCACUUUUGUUCUCCCUCAGAGGUAUGUUCAUUCUGGUUUAGACUGAGACUGUUCACUCCCAAGUGAAAGUAAUAAGGAAUUUAACAAGAUAAUUUGGUUUUAUCAACUGAGUUGAUAAUGUAAAUUGGCCAUAGUUAAGAGUUUCAAAGCUGACAUUUCAAGUGCUAGCCCUUCGUUAGGGCAAAUAUUUAGAAAUUAUAACUUGAUAAAUAAUUUUUUGGUCAAAUCAAUACAUCUUUACUCCUAAAGGUUGUAAGAGGAAGAAAAAUACUGUCUUGGGUAUAUUGUUUGAUUUUCCAUUAGAUUUUUCUAGUUUUUUUUUUUUUAACAAGAAAUUUAGGAUCUGUUGGGUACAUAACUUCUCAAACAAGACAGGAACCUGGGAAAUGGUUGUUGGGGGAUUUUCUUCCCUUCUUCAUUCAUACAUUUCAUUUGAAAUUGAAAAGAAACCUGGUGUUCAUCUUUUAACCUCAGCUUCAAACUUCAAUCUAUCAUGUAGCAAAUAGCUUAGUAACACUUGAUGAAAUGACAAAUUCUCAUAUAGAUUAACAAGGACAUACAUAGCAGCCUAAGGGGAGAAUUACAAAACAAUCGCAUCUCAGGAGUUAAAGAUUGAUAACCUUUGGUUCUGAGUUAGUUAGUUAGUUUGUUUGUUUUUUGCUGUAUGCUAAAGUUGUACUUAUUUUCUACUCAGGGAAUAUUUUACUUAGUACACUUGGUGUUGCAGCUGGAACAUGUCAUUCCUUGUAUCCAGUCACAUUGUUCGCACCAGUAGUCCUCACAUUGAUGAAGGUAAAAAAAUGUAAAAAUCAAAGACCUUGUUAUUUGUAAACAAAAGCAUUGGAUUCAGGAGGAGGGUCUAGGGGACCCAGUACCUUCCCCCUCAUCAGACCUGUGGGUAUUUUUGCCAGCUGUGUAAAACCCAAUUUCCUCUCACAACAGGACUGCAUGUUACUACUCAACUUGAAAGUAGUUGACUCUUUAACUCCCAUAAGUGAGCAAUACAGAAUUUCUCCUUACACUAUCAAUACAGAUAGAGCAGAUAAGUGAUGAAAAUUGUUAAUUAGGGGAUUAUUCUUAGUUGAUCUAAAACCAACUUCUCCAAACUAACAUAAUAAGAAUUGUAUGGCAGACAGUAAUGAGAUUUUGAAAGUGAGAAGGUUAAAUGUGCCCAACUUGAAAUAUUUCCCAUUUAUUUUAGCUCUGUGUUUCCAGAAUUGACGUUUGGACCUCCUAUCAAAAAUUCUUAGAUCUUACCUCUAAAAGCAAGCAAUUUUAACCACAAAAUUUAUAAUUAACCCAAGGUCUGCAUUUUUGUCCCUAGGUCCAUUCUUUUGAUAUUCAAUUUACGAAGAAGACUGUUGUAUUUGUUAGUCAAGUUAUUGGUUCUUUUCUUGUGUGGACAUUGCUCCUGAUUGGCAUGUCAUAUCAAGUGUUUAAAUCUUGGGAUUUCCUUCUGGCUACACAUGGCUUUAUGUGAGUUUAUUCUAAGUUUUUAUAUCUUUCAUCACUGUUUAUGCAUUAAAUUCUGUAGUAACAAGGCUUGGUAAAUUGACUACCUUACGAUUAAGUUUGAAGAGCUUCAGAUUGGCUUUUAUAGUCUUUGAGGGUCAAAAAGCAAUAUUGACAUUUUUCAAAAACUCAUACCUUAGAUUAGCCUUAAGCGGCUUUUGAACAAGCACAUAAAAGGAUAAGAUUUCUCUAAAACCUUUAGGUAGAGGUAAGGUAGAGUUUCAUGGUACUUGAGCCAAGAGGCCCACCCAGCCAGAGCUUAUUCUGUUUUCCAUAGCAUACAGGAACUAGAAGUGUUACUACUCCCCCCCUGGAUGAGAUGCUAGUUCAUCCUAAGGUUACCCCCCAGCAUUUCAUCAGACUUCUCUGACAAUUUACCAGUACUUUCCUAUACUCCUGGCUUGAGAGAGAGAGAGAGAGAGAGGCACAAUGAUAUUAAGUGUUUUGUCCAAGGAUACAACACAUUGACCCAGCCUGGUCUCCAACACAGAUCUCUCACCUCAGAGUCCAGCAUACUGACCACUAGGCUGCUGUAUUUCCCAUUAAACAUUUAUCCAACAAAAUUUUAAUUUGUUUUAUUUCACUGUCAGUUUACAGGUGUCUGAUCUCACACCUAACAUGGGUCUCUUCUGGUACUUCUUCACUGAGAUGUUUGAACAUUUUAGGAUUUUCUUUUUGUGGGUGUUUCAACUGAAUGCCUUUUUCUACUGCAUCCCUUUGACCAUCAAAUUAAGGUAACAGUUUGAAAAAAAUUGUGAAAAAGAUUAGUGUAGACUUUCAUUAGAAACCAGUUUGGCUCUUGUUUUGAGAACAACAACAGCUGCUACCAAUUUGUUUUUGCACGGUGCUUGAUAAAUUGUGUCAUGGAUUCGUGACCAAUUUUAUGCAGCAUAUUGAUUUGACCUUGCUCAUGUCAUCUUUAUUUUCGCAAGAUCCCCAUUUCUUAUCUAGCUCAUUCCCAAAGCUUUGUCACUCCUGUGUGGGUAUGUUCCUGAGAUAAUUCUUAAAAAUUAAUCUAUAUGUUUUUUCUUCAGGGGCAACCCAACAUUUCUUGCCUGUAUGCUUUGUUCCGUGAUGGCUAUUAUGAAGUCUUAUCCAGCGCUGGGUGAUGCUGCUUUACCAUUGGCCCUCUUGGCACUGUGGGUUCACAUAUUUCCAUGUAAGCGUAUUGUUCUGCUCUUAGUUGAACCUUUUCCUUUAUCAAAUCAACGUUGAUGUGACCGGUUCGUAAAACCCAAGAUACUUCUUUGCUAUAUGGUUUAACCCUUUAACUCCCACAAGUGAUUAAACAUGUAACUUCUCCCAACACUAUCCGUACAUUAUCCAGCAAACAGGUAAUGAGAAUACUCAGACUUAUCAGGUAGAAGUUUUUAACUUGAUCUAACACCAAAUUCUUGUAACUAUUUUACCAAGAAUUGUGCAGCAGCCAGAGAGGUAAAUUAAGAAUCAGAUCCUGGGAGUUAAGGGGUUAAGUGAUUGAAACAAAAACACCCUCUGCCCUCCUGAAUAUCAUACCGUAAUUCAGGCUUCUGGAUGAGUAUUUUGCAAUUCUAUUAUUCUUCUUGUAGAUCUUCGUAACGCACUUCUGGUGAUGUGCAUGUUAAUUUGUAGUUCGUUCUUGGCUCCAGUCUUCUGGCAGUUGUGGAUUUACGCCGGUAGUGCAAAUGCCAACUUCUUUUUCGCCAUUACGCUGGCUUACUCCACUGCCCAGGUAUUUAUUAUUAUUCGAGAACAUGUGAGCAAGAGGUCGUCGGGGAACAUCUUUCACCCGAGUAACGAAAGAAGACUGGUUUUUGCCCAUUCCGCGAUUGGUCUUGCAAAUUUGCGCUAUCCUCUCUCUCACAAUCAUAUGCAAAUCCAAAACCUAUGGCUACUUGGUCAUUCGCGUUUUUCACGCACGAGGAUGCAAAUUUUGGUUCUGUAACUACUUUGGUUUUAGUUUUUUAACCCUCAAUCGAAAACCUCCAGAAAAGCUUCUGUGAUCAUUAGUGUAUCUAAAUCCUCAAGUUAUAGAAACAUACAUCAGCCAUAAGAAACAGAACAGACUGAGUUAGAGCGACUUGAAUUUGUAGAUAUUUCGAACGUUCGAGCUUCCUUUGUUGUGGGAUAUAAUAAGACCAUCUGAAGGGUUUAUAAAUAUUAUCAACUGAGUUGAUAACGUAAAUCGGCCAUCGUAAAGAGUUUUAAAGCUGACGUUUCGAGCGUUAGCCCUUCAUCAGAGCGAAAGACUUCUUAUACUCUCCCACCGACGCAGCACCACAAUUUCUUCAGCUAUUUACCCCAUUUAUUCAUCUAAAGGGUUUGAUUGUCAUGUCCUUUUGUGCAGUUUUCCUAAUCAACAACAAAAAAUAUUUUUACCCUUCUGGUUUUCAGCAUCCAACUCGUCUAACUCUGUCAGAAAUGCAACCAACGCUGUUUUAUCUUUUAAUCGCAGAUUCUACUGACUUCUGAUGUUUUUUUCGCCUUUCUGCGACGAGAGUACGAUCUUUAUCAUGGAGUAUAUCCACCUGUCAUAAAAGGAGAGCCUGCCUCUAUCACUCUACGGUAACAUAACUAUGGACACAUACAGGGUACAAAUGUGUAGAUGCGGCAUUUUAAAACGAGACACGUGCUGACUAUUAUCUUCAAAAGGGACACUAACCUAAUCGCGCAUAGGAAGCUUUACAAGUGAACAUACAAGGAGAAAAACGUGGUUGUUUUUCAUCUACAGACAUAAAUGUUUAUGUAAUAUAUGACAUCUCUGCCCUUGGAUUGUCUUUACUUUCAUCAAUGACUCUUUAUGGAGGUCUGGAAUUGAGCGGAUCAGACGAGAAACGACAGAAUGGACGAGAGUUUAAGUAGAAUCGAAUCGUUCUAUCCAUCUAAGAAACAUAGAUUGUUAAACAGCUUCCCGUCUAUUCAUUUCCACGAAUGCGAAUUUGUUUGGUUUCAUCCGAAAGUUUAUGCUGCUGGACGAGAAACGAACACUGUAGGCACAAUGCAUAGAGGAAGAUAUGAUGCAACGUUCAUAUUUGGCGCAAGCGGCUCGAAGUUGAAGUUUUGGAAGUAAGACAGUUCAAAUAAAGGCGCUGUAGAGAUGUAUCAUUAGCCAUGUUUUACUUAUUUUCAAACAGUACCAUGGAUUCACGAUCAAGGAAAACUAAUGAACUAUGUUAUCGUUUAUGUUUUGAGUACAAUAUAUGUAAUAGUACUCUUUUGAAAAUUGCGAUAGAGUGAUUGAGUUUCUUUAGACGAAAUAGUGUUUUAGUUCAUUCUGCUUCAUAGAUCAUCAGCACUUUACAAGUUUUUAGUGGUGGUUUUUUGAACUACAGAUGGCCGAGUCUCAGCGUUAAAAUAAUGACCUUCAAAUAUGUCUAACGACGUUCAUUUCUGACACCUAUGUAGUCUACAGGCAGCCUAAGCUCCAGCUGUGAGAUGAUCACCUUGCGUAAUAAUAGUUAUGUUGAAAAUAUAAGAGUUUGUAUGGAAAUCUUAGGAAUAAAAAAAUACAGUCA